AUGUCGUCAAACCACGCCAGCCUUGAUGCGGCAUCCACCGACCGCAAAGCCCGCCUCGCCAAGCUCGCAGCUCUGAAGCGAAAGCAACCCGAACCAGAAACGACCGAAGCUAGCGCAGAAGACAAGGAGCUGCCCGAUGCCGAUGCCCAGCCAGAUGUGACAGCCAAGUAUCUCUCUGGCCGCAACUACGACCCCGAGGCCCGCGGGCCAAAACUGGGCUUCGAGCAAGGUCCACAUGAAGGCCAGGUGACUCUGGAAUCCAAAGCAGCGGAAAUUGCGCAAGCCACAGCAGAACAAGCGAAGAAAGAUGCAGACGCUGGUGAGCCACUUAAUCUGCUCAAACUACAACCGAAGAAACCCAACUGGGAUUUGAAGCGGGACCUGGAUGAGAAGCUCAAGAUCCUCGAUGUACGGACGGACAACGCAAUCGCCCGACUCAUUCGGCAGCGAGUAGAGGAGGCACAGCGUGCUUCAAAGGUGCGUGGGGCAACGUCUACAGGAGAUGAGCAAGGAGAGGAAUUAGGCAUGGAGGGCAAGGCGCUCGUUGAAGGCAUCCAUAUGCGCGAACGAGAGGAAGAGAAGAGCGACGAAGAAACGAUUUGA